UGUAUUAGCCGGUUAGCGCUGUUAGCUGAUGUUGGUCGCGUUAACUAACGUGUUAAAUGUUAAACCAGAGGUGGUCCUUUUUCAGGUCACAGAUCUUUGGGUCGUACGAAACAUGACGCUCAAGUUAAGGAACAAUUUGACUUUAUAUGUCUGGAAUUAAUGUGAAUAUAAGGGAAAACAAGCGGAAAGUCCCUGACGUCCGCGAGUUUCAGUUUCAUUCCUCCAGAGACGCUCCUCCUGGCUCUGCUGCUUCUGUCACCUGAUUUUAAGAGGAAAUGGGUUCAAAGAUUGUAGGACGGAUAUGUUUGCUGCAUCGUCACGGGGGUAACACGUAAUUAACCUAGUGAACAUAUCUCAUUAUUGUGUUUUCUAGAGAAAGAGGAACCUGGACACUGCUGCUUCCCUUCAUGUUGGUACAACUACACUGAAAGAAAACGGGUUAAAUCCUUUUAUUUGAUCCGGUCCACCAGAUGAGCGCGCGACCUGGGCUUCUGUUUUAAACCUUUCCACUUCCCCGGGAGAUCAUGUCGGACACAGAGAGGUCGCUGCCGGCUCUCCGGAAGCUCAGCUACGCGGUGGGACACUUUCUGAACGACCUGUGCGCCUCCAUGUGGUUCACCUACCUGCUGGUCUUCUACCACUCAGUGCUGGGCUUCCAAAACACAGAUGCAGGUGUGUUGUUGCUGGUUGGGCAGGCAGCUGAUGGCAUCUGCACGCCUCUCAUUGGCUAUGAGUCGGACCAAACACCCGGAUGUGGAAACUAUGGAAAGAGGAAGACAUGGCAUUUAGUUGGUACAUUGAGUGUGGUGCUGUCCUUCGUCUUCAUCUUUAACCAGUGUCCGGGCUGCGACUCCUCUACCCCUCAGUGGGCCAGUUUGAUCUACUUCAUCCCGUUCAUCAUCAUCUUCCAGUUCGGCUGGGCCGCUACGCAGAUCUCCCACCUGUCCCUGAUUCCAGAGCUGGUCACCUGCGAGCACGCCAAAGUCGAGCUCACUGCUUACAGGUAUGCCUUCACCGUCAUAGCCAACAUAGCAGUGUAUGCUCUGGCUUACCUGCUGUUCCACAUCCAGGCCGGAGACGAUGACCCGCUCAGCGAUGCGCUCGGACCUGCAGACAUCCCUGUCUUCAGGAAUCUGGCUUUAAUUGUGCUGGGCAUCGGCACUCUGUCCGCUAUCUUCUUCCACCUGGGAACAACAGAGGGCCAGAGGAGUGGAGCUGGAGGAGAGGAGGGUAGAGGAAGCAAUAAUAUGGAGGAAGAGGAGGAUGAAGGGGAUCGAAGACCUUUGCUGGCUUCUUCUCAAACCCCUUCACGUCUCCUGCAUUGGAAAUGUUGGCUCCAGCAGCCUUCUUUCUACCAGGUGGCCUUACUCUACAUGUCCACCAGGUUGAUCGUCAAUCUCUCUCAGACGUACAUCUCCAUGUAUCUCAUCAACACUCUCGGCCUUCCCAAGAAGUUCAUCGCUACAAUUCCACUGGUGAUGUAUGUGAGUGGCUUCGUCUCCUCCUUCAUCAUGAAGCCUGUCAGUAAAGGCAUCGGGAAAUGUAUGACUUACUUUGUGGGCCUCCUGAUGAUAAUGGCCUUCUCCUACUGGGUGCUGCUGGACAUCAGCAUGGGUCAGCAGGUCUACGGGGCGGCGGUGCUGCUGGGUGCCGGCUCAGCCACCAUCCUGGUCAUAUCGCUCGCCAUGACUGCCGAGCUCAUCGCAGACCAGACGCAAAGUGGAGCGUUUGUCUACGGAGCCAUGAGCUUCACAGAUAAGCUGGGCAACGGGGUCGCUGUGAUGCUGAUUCAGGCUCUGCAUCCUUGCCACACCGUGAUCUGCUGUCCGGCCUGUGUGUGGUUCUAUCAUUACAUCAUGGUGGGCGUAACGGGGGGCGUGGCCAUCCUUGCAGCUUUGGCUCUCUGCUCCAUCAUCAUCUGGCCAAUCAGGAUCAGACCGCGCGGUCUGCAGGUGGUCUCUGAUGACACCGCUGGAGUCAACUGACCGGCGCCAGACCUGGUCCAACCUGGACUGCACACUAACUGCACACGCGCCGUUUUCUGUUUCAACUACAUUAAUAUGAUGUUCAGGGAAAAGUCACAGGAAUUUCUGCCGGAAUUCCCAAACGAAGGAGGGUUUUUAUUUUAUUUCUCAUCUCAUUUUUAUUUUAUCUUUAUUUUUAGAUGUGAUUUGAUUUCAUUUGGUUCAUUCAUUUUUUUUUUAAUUUUCAACUUUUCAGUUAAUUU